GUCACUUGACAACUUGACGCUAUUUGUGACGCUGAUUCACAGAGAUACAGCCAAUACAGCUUACUGUAGAUUCUAGAAAUCAGUCGUGGAAGCUGCCAUUAAAGUUAAGUGCGGUCCUAAAUGUAUACAACCAUCAAAUUUGUAGGUGAAUUGUUUUGUGUCCAUUUGUAGUUUUUUAAAUAACAUCAAAUAUUUGUUGAUUUCACAUAUAAGUUGCUAUUUGACUCAUUAACCAGUUAUGAGUCGUAGUAGGCCUUGGCCAACGUCAAGCCCGCAGAAAGAAAUUUUGAAAAUGGCCGCCGAAUUUGCUAGUCAAUUUCGUGCUGUUAGCGCUCAGCCAAGUGUCACCGUUAGAAGCAUUUUCGAGCGUCCAUGUUACGGCCCAGUCAUGGACUCGUAUGAUUACAGCAAGCUUCCCUUUAAGGGAACUAAUGCGUGACGUAUAGCGUGACGUGGACUCGCGCUGCACUGUCAUUGGUGGACGCGGCCGCUGCAACUCCCAACAGCAUCAGGCGGGUGCGAGAUCUUCGCGAGGGCGUUCGUCGAAACGACGCCCGGGCCCCCAUGCCACACGUAAAUCGCGCCAUGGGGUUCCAGCACCACCUGUGGGUUACUUAACCAUGAAGAAGAAGUGGCUGGAGGCACAGAACUACCAGGUGCGUGGAUUCGUGGACGGCUUCCUGGACUUGUCGGAGGACUAUGAUGCUGAGCUCAUUCCCGUCAACAGCCCCUCUUCUAGCAAGAAGGUGGCCCAUGCACUGCCUGCGGAUGUGGAGCUCUUCAACCAGGCCUUCAAGUCAUCGGCGACUGCGCAGGCCGCUUGGGCGGAGCUGGACCCACACACACGUUGCACGCACCUAUACAACGUGGCGCGCAGCUUGCAAAAGCACUUCACAAGUUUUGGAGAGAUGGAGAGCCUUCAGUCGGGCAAGGUGCUGCCCUUCAGCAUGGAGGAGGCUACCCAGAUGGUGCGAUACUUGUAUCACUGCGCCGGUGUUGCCAUGACCCUCAGCGAGCGCUUCCCGGCGUCCCGACCAAAGGGUGUCGUGCUGGUAUUGGUGGAGGAUGCCCAGGCCACCUGCCCCGUGUCUGCAUGGCGGGUUGGCGAGGUCUUGGCUGCCGGCAACGCGCUGCUCAUCGUCGUCAAGUCCGACUUCUGCCUGGCGCCCAUGCACUUUGCUGAAAUCGCUGUCGCUGGGGGGCUGCCUAGUGGACUGCUCAACGUGGUGGUCAUGCCGUCGGAGGGCAUCGAGGAGUUGCUGAAGACAGAUGGCAUUGGGCACGUGCACGUGGUGGCGUCGCAGAGCCGCUGCCGGGAGCUUCGCCGCCUGAUGGCCGAGCCCCUGGUGCCCUUCUCCAGCUACUGGGGCUGCGGCCGGGCCGUGGCUGUGGUGCUCGAGGGUGCCGACCUGCACGGAGCUGCUGCUGGCAUUGGCCAGUCCUUCGCCAACAGCAGUGGGAAGGGUGAGGCGUGCGGUGUGCAAGUGUUCAUCCAGGAGUGCGUGUAUGCCAAGUUCAUAGAGCUGCUGAGGAAGGAGCUGCGUCGCCUACGUAUUGGUGCUGCCAACGACCGAACCAGCGACAUGGGCGCUGUCUUCCCACCGAACCUGUUGCCGCCUCCGUCACCACCGAAGAUCGCCUACACGGAGCUACCUGAUGCUGAGCUUCUUUCAGCAGCUCAUGCAGACAAGCACCCCUACCCACCGAGGCCGGCACUGUUUGCGGACGUUGCACCAUCUUCACCAGUUGUGCUCGACUCGGUGGGUUUGCCACUGGUGUUGGUGACUCAGUUCCGUACAGCCAAGGAGUCGGUGACACUGGUGAACAGUGCAGUGCAUCAUUCGGAAGUGAGCUUGUGGACUGAAAAGCUGCCUGUCGCCUUGGAGCUUGCAGCUGCCUACAAGGCGACAUCAGUCUUUGUCAAUGGACAGGGACUCCGUGACGCUUCCGUUGAGUUUGGAUCGCGCAGUGGGGUCGUCUGCGGUGAGCGGGGCAUUCUUACGUUCAUCAAGCCAGCCGAGAGCCCCGCUCCCCUGCCUCGCUGCAAGAUGAACCUAAAAGAAUUUGGAGACAAGGUGCAGGAUGUGCCGCCGGGUCCAUUUGGCAGCGUCGACGAAGGGGGUGAGCUGACAACCUACAAAAUGUUUAUCGCUGGUCAGCAGACGCGACCAGUGUCCAACGCCUCCUACUUCGCCAGCAGCAAUGACAACAGGACAGUUGGCUACUUUCCCGAGGCGGGGCGCAAGGAUGUCAGAAAUGCCGUGGAAGCAGCACUCGUGGGCUUCAAGACGUGGUCAUCCCGGUCGGCACACAGUCGAGCCCAGGUGCUGUUCUACCUGGCCGAGAACCUGCAGAUGCGGGCGGCCGAAAUGGUCGGCGUCAUACGCAACAUGAUCAGCCGACCCGAGGCGGCGUGCAAGGCCGAAGUCGACGCCUGCGUUCGCAGACUGUUUUACUGGGCCGCUGCAUGCGACAAGGAUGCUGGCUCUGUCCGGAGCACGACCAUCAAGGGCACAGUGGUGCGCGUGAACGAGCCUGUGGGCGUGAUUGGCAUUGCCUGCGCGGAGGAGGCCUUCGUGCUGAGCAGCUUCGUGUCGGCCAUGGCGGCAGCCCUGGCAGCCGGCAACUCGGUUGUCGUGCUCGCCAGCAUCGAGUGGCCGCAGCCGGCACUGCGCUUCUGUCAGAUCCUGCAGACUUCGGACGUACCGCCGGGCGUGGUCAAUGUCCUGUCGGGCAAGGAGCGGCCCGUGCUGCUGCGUGCCCUUGCAGAGCACCACGACGUCAGUGCCAUCUGGUAUUUUGGGCAGGAGAGUGACUCGGCGGCAUUCCUCGAAUAUGCGGGUGCGCACAACGACAAGCGCAGCUGGGUGUUCCCAGUGCAAGACAACAGUGACCAGGAUCGCCACUGGAUGGGCUGGCAGGUCACACAGCACACCACGGUGCCCAAGAGCAUCUGGCUGCCGUCUGGCGAUACGUUCGCCAACUGAGGGCCGUCGGGAGCACAGUGGUUGCCUGCACUGUCGUGGGAGACCUGGACCAGGGUAGCUUUGUUUACUCGAACUUGACGUCGGCGUGUCCAGUCGAAAGGCGGGCUUAUCCAGACCUGUCCGACCUUGUUAUCAGGCGUUUUGCCCUGUAGUCGAGUAAUUCAACCAAACCCUUCCGACAAAUCUGACCCAGCUCUGCCUGACACCCUCCGUUUGACCCUUUAGUGUUUAUACAGACUUGAUGAGCAGAUUUCAGCCCAACAAGCUGACUUGACCAGACUUUAUUUCCAUGUUACCGUUGCUACUAUCCAUUCUCCUGCACGCUGUCAUUGAUGCAUGAGUCUAGUUCUUGUUCUGCUUUUUCUUUUCAGGAGAGAUCGUCGCUAGUGCUUAGCCCUUAAGCCUUCCUUGCUGUAUUAUUGAUUCA